GCAAGUCGAGCCUCAAGCGGAUGUGACGUCAUUAAUAUGCCUUGGCAAUAAGCGGAUAUGACGUAUUUCAUGCCGCGGCAUAUGUUCGUGCCGCAAAAUACGCUAGCUCAUUCCGGUGAAAUUGCAACUCUUCUUUCCAUAUUGGACGUCUCAAUGAGGUACAGAGUUCAUGGAUCGGGUUGUUGGUCCCGCCUCUUCCUCCUCGGACCCUUACCGGUUCGGACACGCCUGGUCCGGGUCUACAGCGCUCAUCAAAAACCCAGCGGCUCUGGCACAGACGGUUCCGAAGGUCUGAAGGAGAGAGUGCUGGCUGUCUUACAGCACGCAGGUCGAUUGGGGCAGCAGUGGAGUCAAAAAUCUGCCCAGAUGGCUGCAGCCACCAUGAACAGCUGGUGGGAGAAGUACGAGGAGUUUGUCGGUAUCAACGAGGUGCGCAAUGCGCAGACUAAAGUCACAGAGGCCGAAGCCGAGUUCUUGGUGGCCAGGGGGGUUGUGCGCGAGGCCCACGUCGGACUGGAAGCUGCACGGAAUCGGGUGAAGGAGGUGCGCACCCGUUUGGACCGCGUAUCCCGGGAGGAGGCGCACUACCUGGAGCUGGCCACGCUGGAGCACAAACUGCUACUGGAGGAACGGCGCCUGCGGGCGGCGCACGGGCACGCCGAGGCGUCGGAGCGCGAGAGGUUCGCGUCCUUUUCGGCCGCCGUGCGGGAGAGUCACGAGAAGGAGCGAGCGCGAGCCGAGCGCACUAAGAACUGGUCGCUCAUCGGGUCGGUGCUCGGGGCACUCAUCGGCGUUAUGGGGUCCACGUAUGUCAACCGAGUGCGCUUGCAGGAGUUGAAAAGUCUUCUGCUGGAAGCCCAAAAGGGUCCGGAAAGCCUGCAGGAAGCCCUCAGAAUCCAAGCCGGGAACCAUCGCUCACAGCAGGAUGAACUAGGGGCGCUCAUUGACAGCCUUAGGGCGGCCGUCCCCGAGGGGCACAACCCUCGCUCGCCGCCAAAGACCGAGCCCAUCCUCGCAGUCCUUUCACCCCAAAUGUCCGAGUUACAGCAAGGCCUCGGGGGAGUCCGCGGUGAGCUCUCCCACGUGAGGAAACUUCUUGAAAGCGGAGCGCGGCGGGGGACCGAGCAGACGUCGGGGCCCGGGGAGGACAGCCGGAGGACUCUGUACAACGCCGCCUUUGCGUACACGGCCGCGGCGUUCACUGUCACGGCCGUGUACGCGCUGCUCAGAGGGGGAACUUAACUUUACAUGUGCCAAGUACUACUGAUCUUGUCAUGUAACUAAUGCUGCACUGGGACCAAUCGCUUACUUGAAAUGACGACUGAACGCUGCUUUGCUCGUUUUUGAGCAGCAGAGGGCAGCAAAGUCGCUUGGAGACUGCAAUUGCGCUUGUAGGGGCACACUUAAACUAAUGUCACCACAAACACGAAUGAUUACAAAAAAUAAAAUAUCAAACGUGACUGACCAAUGUUUUUUUUUUUUUUUAAUUUAAUUGAUUACUGUAUAAAGCAGGGGGGUUCAAACUUUUUUCUCCAAGGGAAGCUUUAAGAAAAAUCAAAGAUUGCAAGGGCCGACUUGAAAUCCUUCUACUUUCAUUUGUGAAACGAGAAGAUAUACUAAUAUCUCUAAUAUGCAAAUCCAGUAAAGGAAGUUCUCCACUUAGAAAUCAUGGAGGGGUCUGAAGUUUUCAGCGUAGGUGCAUGUUCACUGUGAGGGAGAUCAUCUAAAAAGAAAAAUCCAGAAAUCGCAAUGUACUAGUAUGUUUAUUUAACGAUUUAUUUGUCUAAUACAGCUGCAAAUAAGUAUUUGAACACCUGAGAAAACAAAUGUUAAUAUUUGGUACAGUAGCCUUUGUUUGCAAUUACAGAGGUCAAACAUUUCCAGUAGUUUUUCAACAGGUUUGCACACUGCAGGAAGGAUCUUGGCCCACCCAUCAGUCAGGUUGCUUGGCUGUCACUGACUAUUCUCACCUCCAGAUAGGGUUUUGCUGUGUAAUUUUUUUUUAACGGUUAAAGGCUGCUCCUGUUCAAAAAUUUUCUUCCCCCAGAAAAUUGAGAUUUUAAGCUUUCCAAUGAUGUAUCACACAUGCAUAUCGGAUAAUUUUGAAAUUUGGCUAAAUUGGGGGUUUCAGAGCGGAACUUCAAGUCACUUGAGUGUUUUCCGCCAUAUACAUUUACACUACUGAAAAUUUGCAGGACAAGGAUCCAAUGUCCAGCGACAGCAAAAAAGUCAAGAAAAUCACAACCAAGAAAACUCAAUUUAUAUUAAAAAAAAUACUACAACUGCAGUUUCCUAUGUAGAUUUCAACAUGUCAGGUUUUGACCCCUGGGCUAAUGGAGAGGCAUCGUUUCAGUGACUACUCCCUCUAUAGAUCCCACUCACAAACGUCACACAAUGACGUGUCGCUGUAUUGUGCCACCAUAUUGUCCGUCAUUAUGUGUCCGUAUUCUCAGUGGUCUCAAUUUAUAGUGCAAUUCAUGGAAGCCCCGGUGCUUUCAGACGCUGUAAAUUCAUUGGAUGUGUUGCAUACAGUAAAAGGCGUUAUGUGGAAAAGCUUCGGUCGAUCCAUUCGCCAGAUCCAUAUUUGAUGCCUAAAUGGAUAUUUUUCUGUCUUUGCCGUCUCUGCCUGACAUCUGCUACCCUGAUAUCUACAACUAUCUUGUCCACAGAAACUCAGCCUAUUCUCACAAAACUUUGAAAAACUUUUAAGAGCAGCACUCUAUGCAACAUUACCCCGUGUGACCAUUUACUUCCAAUUUUCUAAAAUGGCAACAAUCGAUAAAAAGAAAAAGUUGACUGCGAUGGCCAACGCUUCAAGGAUAGGUGGAUAUUGGACUAUUUCUUCAAUAAAAUACGCAACAACUGUGUCUGCCUCAUUUGCAAAGAGACAGUCGCUGUUUUCAAAGAGUUCGAUGUGACGCGAUAUUACCAAACGAGACACGCUGACAUGUACGACAACAUUACAGGGAAGGUACGCAGCGAGAAAUGAAAGCAACUUGAAGCUAGUUUAAUUUCACAGCAGCAGUAUUUCGCAAGAGCCCGAGUAUCGAAAGAGAAGGCCACAAAGGCGAGAUUGUUGAAAUUAUGAAUUCGGGGGGAAAAAAAUGAUAAAGCAAAUGUGACACACAGAAGGGCUUGCUGAAAUUUGUUUAAAUAUAUUGUUCUACGUAAAUCAGCCAAGGUAGCCCCCCACAUUUUUACCACACCAAAUCUGGCCCCUUUGCAAAAAGUUUGGACACCCCUGUUUAACUGAUGAUCCGUAGACGAGGCCAGCUUCUUUUACUUGUUACCAGCAAAAUAUUAUUCUAAAAAUAAUGAUGGUGGAAGAAAUAAGCAUCUUGAAUUUGAAACUGUAUGUUGUCGGCAAUUAGCCUCGCAAUGAUCUUAAUUGUGGUUGUCAGCCCAAAACCCUCUAAAUAUAUAUUAAAUGCAUCUUACCAGAUAAAAAAUGACUACUACAUAAUCUGUGGUGAUCGUUUGGUGCCCAGUUUUCUCGUCGAACUGCAGCAGUCCAUCUCGCUCUCCUCUCCGGGUCUCUCGGAAUACGGUAGAACUUCAAGUCUCUCCGUCUAUCUUCUCUGUUACUGCAACCAACCACCACACACGCCUUCACCAUUUUGAUUAUUAAUGUUAACGAGCAGAAAAAAAUAAGAGCUGACGGACAAUAUGGCGCUGGUUGUGACGUCAUGUGAAUGGAGUCUAUUGUUGAAUCUAAGUGCAACAAAAAACGAUACCAUUGUUUGAAAAAAAAAAAAAGUCAGUGUAAGCAGUUACUCACAAUGUUACUCAUUACUUCAGUAUUCUUUUCACCGAAUACUUUUUUUUUUCUUCAAUUUUUUGGAUAACUACUCUUAAUUGAGUAAAACUUUUGGCUACUCUACCCACUUCUGAAAGUAUCUAACUAAAACACAUUGUCAUUGCUGUGUUGCCUUCAGGUUCAUUUUGACUUGCGUUAUUAUUUCUGUCUGCGUUACGUGCGCUGGUAAAUCCUGCAACAGCUGACCCGUCUUUUCUUAGCACGAUCGUCAUUCCAACCUCAAAAAGUCAUAGAGAGAUCGUCAUGGGUGGAGUUUGACUUUUGGGGCAGGGGGGGCACAACAUGUUGAUGACCCCAAAACGCAGUGUCAACAAUAAAAUUAACCUACAAGGAUAUUUAUAAUAAUACAUUUACAAUGAGCGUUUUUUGUUUCCCAUCAUUCUCGAGGGGAAUUCUAAAUCAGGCUGUUUAGGCAAUAAGUUUCGCUAAGAUCGUCAUCCAUUGAAUAUGGUACGCCUGCCGGUGUCAUGCCAAUGUAGUUACCCCAGUCAAAAAUUGUAUCCCCGGGCGGAGCCAUAUGGAGGUAGAUUUGUGUCUUUUUUAUUCAAUCAAAAAAAAAAAAAAGUCGCUUCAAACAAAAUAUAUGUGUUCAACCCAAAAAAAGUCGCUUCAAUUAAAAAAAAA